UUCUGACCCCACUCGCGCCGCACUCCCUCUCUCGCCUUCUCUUUCCUCCUACUCCAACCCCCGCUCUCCCUUCGCGCCAACCGUCGAUUUUUUCCCCUCUCUUCUUCUUUACACAUGGAGGGAAUUGUGCCCCUUGAUUCUUCGUUCAUGGUUUGCCAGGAGUAUCCCACUCCAUGGUCGUAGAAUCCAAUCAGUCGGAUAUGGCCGAGGUGCCAGCCAAGACCAAUUUUCCCCGGAAAAGCGCCUUCUCCUGCGAGGCUUGUCGCAAGCGAAAGGUUAAAUGCAAUGGGGCUAGCCCAUCAUGUUCACGGUGUGCAGCACGCGGGGAAGUCUGCGUCUAUAGUCUGGCUCCGACCUUAUCAUAUACGAAGCAACUAGAAUCGCGAGUGGCGCAGCUGGAGGAUGCGCUCACCAAGCUACGCAGCCAACAACCCCUGGAGCCCGUGGGAUUGAAAGGGGCUUCUCGGGCUUCCUCUGCUUCCAUAGGGGAAUCUAGCGCAAGUCCCGGACGGCGUACUCGCAUAAAAGAGGAGGAAGACGAUGACCAGAAUCUCACCAGAGACUUCGAGGGGUUGAAGGUCGAGCAUGAUGGACGAAUAUCCUUUCACGGUCCAACCAGUCUAUUCCAGCUUCCAAGUGGUGUUGUCACCGAGGCUUCCUCAACAUCUCACCUGGCUAUGCACCUGGAAGGUCGCAAGGAAAGGCUGAUCAAUAAUGCAUGGCGGGAACGUGCUUAUGAACAGCUGGCGACCAUGCCGGAGCCAUUUCAAUAUCUUCUUGACUCGCACUGGUGCUGGAUCCAGCCGCUCUUCAAUUUUGUCUACCGACCUACCUUCACCCGUGAUAUGAAAAUCAACGGCCCCUAUUUCUCCGAAGCUCUUCUCAAUACGAUACUUUCCCAUUCGGUAAGAUGGUGCAAGGCAGAACCGAAGAUUGGCCCGAUUCUUGAUUCCUUUGAAGGCGGUGCGCAGUUCUCGCAUCGUGCCGUGGCAGGCCUCUACGACUCGUUGAAAGCCGGAUGCUUUGAUAUACCGACUAUCCAGACCCUGCUCCUUCUCAGUGCUCAGGAAUGUGGGCGAGGCAAUCGAACCCAGGCAUGGCUAUACAGUGGAAUGGCCUUUCGCAUGUUGGAUGAUCUGGGAAUUUCAAUCGACAGCCGCAAAUACUCCGACAGCGCGCACCUGAGCGACGAAGACAUCGAGAUCAGGAACCGUCUUUUCUGGAGCUGUUAUUUCUGGGAUAAGCUGAUCUGUCUAUACUUCGGACGAGCUCCGACCAUGCAACAAUCUCGCGUCAGCCCUCCGAGAACAAUUCUGGAUGAUACGGCGGAAGUUGAGAUUUGGACACCCCACGGUGUCGAAUUUCCUGAUGGCACGCACUAUCCACCCACUCAAGCCCAUUCUACUUCAUGUUUCAUGAAGAUGUGUGGCCUAGCCGAGAUUCUCAACCAGAUUCUUAUCCACAUUUAUGACCCCAUUCGGCAGGUCACGGAGGCGGAGUUUUACGAGUGCAUCGAGGAACAAGCGAAGAACUUGGCCGAAUGGUGGGAUGCUUUACCUCAUUUUCUGAAGCUGCAGGCCACAGACCUCCCACCUUAUUCUCCUCCAAGCCACAUUGUGACACUCAACUGCCUGUACCAUACCAUCAACAUCCUGCUGCAUCGACCGGUUCUAUGCUCCAAGACAAAUAAGUCCUACGACAAGAGCCACCUUGUCCAAUGUAUGACGUCCGCAACGGCCAUUUUAUCACUUUACGACCUAUAUCGUCGCACUUUCGGAGAUGUGCAUGUGGUCCUCUCCCUCGCCUACAGUGUCUACACCGCAGCAUCCAUAUAUCUUUUGGAAAUUCAGGCCCUCAAGUAUGCCGCUCAGGGCACCCUUGAUAAGCUCAAGUUCUGCAUAUACGCAUUGGAGCGGGUGAAGGGCUCAAAUCCUGUCAUCACCACAGCUCUCAGCCUCAUCUACCAGGAGCUGCAGAAGCUCCAAAUUGACCUUCACAUUGUCCUUCCGCCACUGUCUCAACCCCCACAACCCGAACCGUCACAGACUAUCUCUCAACCACAAUCCCAGCCUCAAUCCCGACCGCACACCUCACACAGCUCCUCGAUUCCAGCGACGCUCUCUAAUACUCCAAGCCGUCUGUCUCCCGCCCACCAGCCCCAACACUCCAACCAACCUAUGGCGUCCAGCCUCCUUCAUCCCGCAGGGUUGACAUCAGCAGCCGCAGCACCCAGUCUUCCCACUUCUACCUACCAUCAACCAGUUGCCGAUUUUGAGCUCUCCCAGUCAAGCGUACCGCAGAUGGCGAAUACGCACAUGUUAGGCGGGAUGCCUAAUGCCGUCAUGACGCUCGAUAACCCGGGUUCCUACGAGAUCACACCCGAGGUCUUCGAGGCUUUUUCGUAUGCGGAGCCGAUGACGACGAACAUGACCCCCGCGGUUGAUUACGGAUGGAACCGACAGUGAUGCAUAUAUCUAACUAUAUACAGGUAUCGGGUAUAAUAGACUCAAGCGGGUAAUUUAGUGGAGUAGAUAAUCCCUGGUCGUGCUGGAGUGAUAGCUCACAUGAAAACAUCCGGACAAUUCUGUCAAAUCAGAUAACAUGAUAUAUACCAUCACAUUGUGAGCAAUGCACUUAGAG